AGAAGAAAAGAAGGGGAAAUAUAUAAGUAGAGGCGCCCCGUGGAGGAAGAAGAGAGAGACACAGUCAGACGACCUCACGAGUCCCGACCUCUGUCCUUCCUCGUUUAUUACCUUCCUGUCGUGUGUCCAGGCCAGAAUGUCUGAAGAUGGGAGACAGAUGCCACGCCUCAACCUGCAGCGGGACUCUCCGCAGCUCAGCAAGGCUCAGCUGGACUACAUGAAGCUCAUUGAAGGACAGAAUGCAGAGCGAGUGCGUAAAUUGGCACUACAACGGAGAAACAACGUGAUUAUCGGCUCCUUGAUUGGCCUCGGCGUUCUGAGCAUCUAUGGCUACUCCAUCUACUCGGUGAAGCAAGAGAAGUUCCUCGACGAGCUGGAUUAGUGGCAGCAGACGUCACUUUCCCUCCUGUCUGUCUCAAUCUUCUCUCCCCUUCUUGGUACUUACCUUCAGUCAUUAUUUUUCCUGGUCUUUCAUUUUAUCUUCAUUCUUCUCAUUCUUUUCCUCCUGCACCCACCAUCCUCCCAGCCUAAGGUAUGCUCAAGUCGCAAAUCAUUUAGUAGUGGGAGGAAGGUUGAUCUGUAGCUCCCAGCACAGCAUGGGUAAUUGCUGCAUAUCAGGAGUCUCACUGAUUCACUUUCAUUGUCCUCAAACUUCCAACCUUUUGAAUUUUGCCAUAAAAUUUGUACUAUUUACAAUUUAGUAUGCAAGAAUAAGUAAGCUUAGUUGGGAGUGUUGAGUAGAAGGACUAGAACUUUGAAACUGACUCACACCUUGCCAGCUGGGGCUCAGUAACUGCACUGAGUGACUGGGUGUUGCUCUUACCACUCUCAUGGCAACUUUAGGGAAGUGAACUGAAUUUGUGUGUUCGUGUCGUGUUUCAAAAGAUCGUUGACUCACAUUAUAGGAUUCACAAACUGUACAUAUUCAUAAUUCAUACAGGGCAUUCUACUGCAGUGCUGCGAGUAUUGCAAGGGACACUCAAGGUUGUUACUCAUCUCUUCCUGCAAGUCGAAACAAAAGCCAAGUAACGUCGCACUCUGUUUCACCAUGUUUAGCAUCCUUCCUUCAGUCUUAAGUCUUGAUAUGUCCAGAAUGCAUCAACUGCCAGGGUUAGUAAGACUCGGCAGCCUUGAGAACUUGAAGAUUAACAUUGAAGGACGUGAACCAAACCCAGUGAAAGUGGCGUAGAAGGUUGCAUUACUUUUGACCGGUGCUGUACUGUUUCUGAAUCUUCACUGGUAUUAAACACGUGAGGAGAGAAGGCAAGGUGUCUACAUAGGCUUUUAAGAGGAAGAACAAGGUAUUUAGGCUGUUUAAGUGGAUUGAUUAGUGGUUUUAGAAUUAUGAUGGUGCAAGGUCAUAUGCUGCUGAGGGUUUAGAAGGAAGCCAAUGCACACACUAAAUGUACACUUGAGUAGGUUGUGUGGAAGGAUGAUUGACAGUUCAGAGUGUCCCAUUUUAGCAAGGUCCUCCGUUGUACAUACAUUGUGAUAACGCAUGUCAAGGUGGACAGAUGUUUAUUUUUUUCACCAUACAAGUAAGGGAAUGUGUAUGAGUAUUGCUAGGAUCAUAUAUACCUUGAGAGUUGUGUGUAAGACUGAGUUAAAGAGUUACUAUUUAUUUGUCCAAUCUGUAUAGAGUUAUGUUUUUAGUGACUCGCAGAUGUGUAGUGUAUAGAUGACUUGUGUAAUAUAUUGUUGUUGUUUUGGUAA